CAGAGAGGCAGUGCUCCUUGAUUCCCGCUACAGCUUCCCGCUCCCACGCCCACUAUUUGUUCCGGCGCGGAAACACGGGACGGCUAACUUAACCUACUCUGCUUCGUCAAUCAAACACACAGCACAACCAAAACCAAGAAGACCCCCGCUUUCUCCGCGUCCGCUUCUCCCACGCCAACCCAUCACCAGCCAUCCGUCGAUGCAACCGGCGCAGCCUCCGUGUGGCAGCCGGAGAGGAGGGAGAGGAGCCCCGUCGCGGGCGGCGACACUCCCACGCUGCAACCACCAUCGGCUGCUCGUGCUCGUCGUCAUCGUGUACCUGCUGGGCGGCAGCGACGUUCUUCUUCUAGCCGCCGCGGCGCCGGUCCGCCGUCUGGGAGCAGAGGCAUCCGUGGCGUACGACGUCGGCUCACGGCCGGUACCGGAAGUGGUUGCUGCGGCGGGCUCGCCCUCGUCGACGCCUUCAGCCGUGAGGUUCGCCGACGACAAGCGGCCGGUACCGAGCUGCCCCGACGCCCUCCACAACAGGUAGGAUCGAUACGAUAGCUCAAAAUAGCUAGAAGAGCCAUGUUUGGUCUUGCCGGCGCACAAUAAUGUCUCGAUUUGUACAGAUUCAUCUUGUUCUCGUUCUUAUAGGACUAUAUACUAUGAUUCUGACUAGUUACUGGAUUCACGGUAAUUAUAUAUUGUGCCUUCAAGUAAAAAGUUCGAGAUAGGUUCUCAACAAUUAUAUAUGGUUCCACUGAUUCGGUUCUCGGUUGUGAACAUGGGAUUGUCUGAGCAUGUGUCUGUUUUUA